AUGGAUUACUUAGAUUCGAGGCUCAAGGAACAUGGUAGUUUUAGUGACGAUUGGACGGAGAUGCGGGACUUAUACUCUCGAAAGCUAUGGCAUCAGCUAACUUUGCACAUUCUGGAUUCUCUGAAAAAGCCGGGCUUCGUAUCUAGUGUCGACUUGGAUCAGUUCAACGAUAACUUCCUAAACUCAAUCAAACAAAAAAUCAACCCGCUUUCAUUGGCAGAGAUCAUUGUCCCAAUUAGUGAAGGCAUGGUGAAGACAGACCCACAAAAGACCAUUAAGUUCAUCGAAGAGAACAGAGACAAGUACAUGAGCAUGAACGACGAGGCCGUAAUCUUAAGUAACUCUACCAUUGGUAUGAUUCGCCUGCUUAUCAUCGGCGACAUGCCCGGUGCUCGCGACAUCAUUGAAUCAACUGGAGAAAUUCUUUCAAAAAUCGAUGGCGUGACGUCCGUUCAUUCUCGCUUUUAUCGAAUGAGUUCAAACUACUAUAAGUUAAUGGGACAACACGCAGAGUACUACAGGGAAGCCCUGCGUUUUCUGGGCUGCACAGACAUGGCUGAGCUGCCUGUCGAAGAGAAACAAGAUUGGGCCUUCUCUGUCGGGCUUGCCGCACUACUCGGCAAUGGUGUGUACAACUUCGGGGAAUUGGUGAGUUCUUAUCCUCUUUCCAGGACGUUAUGA